AUGCACUUGUCGGUGGCUACUAUUGCGUUUUUCGCUGUCCACCUCGUAGCUGGACAAACUUCCCUUUCUACAGUGCCCAGUUCAACAGCGCUUGUCGACUCCCAUGACGAGAAUGGGACUUCAAAAACUUUACCGCGAGGCAACUCGACUGCCGUUGCAACGGUGCACAAGACCAAGACCACGACAAGUGUUGCCUUCACUACUGUCGUUGAGACGCUCACCUUGCUUGACCUCGGCCGCAGGACACAGACAAACACACGCACGGUCACGUCUGUCACCGGCUCUAAUCAGCGCCCAACCAAGGCUCCUUCUGCACAUCGAGACGUGAACCGAGGUCUGCUCCGCCGGAAACCUCGAAUGCACCCAGCCAUAGCAUUUGCUCCUGUAUCAUCACCAGAGAGGGCAGAAGGAUAUGCAGUAUCCGGACUGCGGUUCAUGCCGAGACAGGCGGUCGUCACCAUCACGACCACGAAAACCAUCGAGAUCACAACGACUGUCACGCAGACCAUCACUCACACCAUCUUUACGACGAUCAUCUCGGCCCCGAGGGCGACCUACACCACUUCCACCGCCACGACCAUCUACGUCCCACCGGGAGCAGGAGUCACCACUUCGGCUGCGCAGCCAACUGGCGGGCAGAACGUGCCCACGGGCUCUCGAGACCAAGGGCAGACCACCCAGACUGGGCCUCAGACUCCUGUAGGAGUGCCCUCGUCAUCCGCCAUUGGACCAAGCAGCACUGAGAGUUCCGGCAUACACCAAAGCUCACAAUCCGACAUUCCUUCAAGCAGCCCCUUACCCGCAACCAGCACGAACAUCGAGACUACAACUACGCCUCCCUCAAGCGAGACCGCGUCGACAGGGGCAGAAACACCCUCGACGCCCCUUCCUUCCUCAUCGGACACCAUGCGCGGCACCCCGGGAACCAUGCUCACCCCAACGCCCACUUCGUCAUCCACCGCACCGCCAUCCACACCACCCUCGGCGCUCUCCAAUGAGCAGAUCGUCGGGGUCAUCAUAGGCUCCUUCGCCUUCCUCGUCUUCCUCGGCAUCAUCGCCUUCAUCAUCCGGCACUCCGUGCAGCGCCACCGUUCGAAGCUCGCCCAGCGCCGGCAGCAGGUGACCCCGCCCUCGGAACAGGGGGCGGCUGCGGCUGUGGCGGGGUCGGGCUCGGGCUUGGGGUCGGCGCUCCACUCCAACUCGACGGCCGCGUCGAGCGGGCGCGACCCGGCUAACGACGUGCGCAUCGUGAUCCAGCAGGCGCCCGUCGCGCGGCAGCAGUUCUCGCACCUGUGGCCCAUGCCGCCCGGGCACGCGGGGCCCGGGUUCACGACGACGCACGUGGAGAGCAGCACGGGGGCGACGACGACGACGACAGGGACGACGACGACGGGCGAGGGGAUGCCGCCGGUGCCAGCGCCGCUGUCGCUUCACCACCAUCAGUAUCAGCAGCAGCCGCCGCCGCAGGAUCCGGGCCAGUGGAGCAACGCGAGCGAGUUUGGCAGCAGCGUCAGUCCCGAUGGGUCGAGGGCCGGAGGAGGGGAGGCGAGAUACUCGGGCGCGCCUAGCUCCGGUGUAUUCGGGCGGGGGCUGUUCAGCCCGGGCCAGGCCAGCAGUGCUGCCGCCUCGCCGUCUCGGCCGCCGCAGGCACGCAAUAACGGCAAGAGGGGAGGAGGCCUGUUUCGGAGCUCGGGGGGGUCUGGAUGGUUAUGA